UGUGACCAACCGGGCAACCGGAAUCUGACCGGCAACAUGACCACAACUUUUCUAUCGAUAGAGUUAAAAUUAAAAAUUUCAUAUUGCCAAGAUUUUUUUAGCGUUUAUGAUAAUUUUUUUUUCAUAGAAGUAUUCCUACAUUUUUUAAUUUUAUUUAUUUUUAUCGUAAUAAUAAUGCUCUAAAACUUCAUGAAUUAACAAAAAGUAAGAGAUUUUGUUCCUAUUUUUUCCAUUAAAAUUGCAGUUAAGGCCGAGAGUUACCCAGCUCCUUACCGUCGGCUUGUGGUGAUUUGAACUCCAUCUCGAUUCUAAAAACCAGGGCAGAGGAAGCGACGUUUCUUUUAUUCUCCCCAGUCUUCCCACUAUCGAUAGAUGGCGGUUGAUUCGCCCACGGCUGACCGAAAAGUGGUUGUUCAUCUGAGGGCGACUGGCGACGCUCCUAUCCUUAAACAAGCCAAAUUCAAGAUUUCCGGAAGCGACAAAUUCUCAAAGGUCAUUGAAUUUCUCCGCCGACAACUUCACCGCGAUACUUUGUUUGUAUAUAUCAACAGUUCCUUUUCACCAAACCCAGAUGAAUUGGUGAUUGAUCUCUAUAAUAACUUUGGAUUUGACGGUAAGCUAGUUGUUAACUAUGCUUCUUCCAUGGCAUGGGGCUGAGCAAGAUCUGCUGCUAUAUCAAGACAAGAAAUGCUUAGUUUUAGCAUCCCAAACUUGAUGAAAAGAUCGUUGGCAAAUAUUGUUUUAGAAGCUUGGGAUUCUUGUAGUCUUGUGUCAGAAUUGCGUUUUUUUUUUUUUGGGAUAUUUCUGUUUUCGAUUUUAUUCGUUAUUUUAGCCUAAUUUGUUUUGGUUGGUAACUUGGUAAAUGUUGUCAUAGUUGUGUAAGAAAGCUUCAUGAUUUGUUAAAAUGGGUAAAUAUCUGGAAUUGGCUACUCGUUCUUAAAAUAUCUUUAUAAUAAACAAUUCGUUCUUGUUUA